AGGUCCAUCCCACAAUGCAGUGGUGCGUCGUACACGAUGUGGAAGCAGAAGCUGUAACGCUUUCAUGGAGCAAAGUUCCUAACGCGGUGAAGUACGAAGUUCAGAUCAAGCAGGAGGAGGGAGGAGACUUCACUACCAUCUCCGAUAGCCUGACCUCAACACUGGUCCGCAAGAAGAAUCUGAAACCCAACACUGAGUACUUCGCGCGCGUGCGGCAUCGAGAUGCUCUGGACUGGUCAGGCUUCUGUGAGCCUGUCUCCUUCCACACCCUUGCAGGGCAGGACGUGAAGCGCCUUGAGCACCCCCAGGUUGUGAGCAGGGACGGCGAGUCCAUCACGUUGCAAUGGCCGACAGCUCCUGAUUGCGAGUCUUACACCGUCGAGAUCCGAUCUGACAAGGAUCCGACGUGGAGGACGAUAUCAGAUCAUCUCAAGAACAACAUCGUACGAAAGAAGAACCUCGAGAAGCAUGUCAUGUACUACUUCAGGGUGAAGCCGAAUCUCGCGGAGGGUAGCGGUUCAUGGUUCUUCAGCCCUCCUUCAGAGGGAGCCAUGUUGGCGGAUCUCCCACCCUUCCUCUCCAACCUCCUCAGCCCGACCCUCGUGGAUGCCCAGGGUACCUCCAAGCCUGUUAGCUCCCUUGCCGGAUGUGUUGUAGCGCUGUACUGCUCUGCAUCCUGGUGCGGCCCUUGCAGGCAAUUUACCCCGCAGCUCUCGCAGUUCUAUACCCAGAUGAAACAGUUAGGCAAACCAUUCGAGGUUGUUUUCCUCAGCUGCGACAGAGACAGCAAGUCCUUCACAAACUACUUCGGGCACAUGCCGUGGCUCGCUGUACCCUUUGACUCCGAUAAGCGAGAAAAUGCCCUCGGAGCUCUACAGGUUGAAGGGAUCCCGAAGCUUGUGAUCGUUGGAGCGAAUGGGAUGGUAUUGCAAGACAAUGCAGUCGGCACUCCCCUGAACGCUCAGAAAUUGGAUUCUUGGAUAGCAGGCAGACCUUAAGGGCGCCAAACAAUCUUUGCCUGUCCUCCCCUCCCCUCCUUGCCUGCCCUCUCUAGAAUCUCUCUGUCCUGACAUCUCUGCAUCGACUUGAUGCCAGAAACAGUAAACUUCAUGUCCCUGUGA